AUGGCCUCUGCAAUGGACAUUGAUGAAGAAGAAGUCGAAAUGGCUUCUUCCAGCAGUGGCAAAGGAGAUAAGAAGAGAUUUGAAGUAAAAAAGUGGAACGCUGUAGCAUUAUGGGCUUGGGAUAUUGUUGUAGAUAACUGUGCUAUCUGUCGUAACCACAUAAUGGACCUUUGCAUAGAAUGCCAAGCAAAUCAAGCAUCUGCCACUAGUGAGGAAUGCACAGUAGCAUGGGGUGUUUGUAAUCAUGCUUUCCAUUUCCAUUGUAUUUCACGUUGGCUGAAAACUCGACAAGUUUGUCCACUAGACAAUAGAGAAUGGGAGUUCCAAAAGUAUGGCCAUUAA